AUGAGCUUAAAAUGCGAGGAAUUGAGUAUCUUCACGGAGAUAAGCAGUGUUCUUCAUUUACCCACAAGGAACCUUCAGCAGCUAACUAUUCAAAGCUGGGGAACAAAGCUAACCAUUGGAGCAGCCAACAGUUCUGUGAACAUGCCGAGAUUGUGGUUCCUCAAUCUGUCCGCCGUGUCACGUCUUGAACUUCUCAGUGAAGGCUUCUCCAAAUACCCCAAUCUGACUGAUAUCGACAUCACUGGGUGUGGCUUAGAACAACUGCUAGACUCGCACUUUGCCAUCGAUUCCAUGGCCUAUUUCAACCAUAAUGGUUUGAGUCAUCUGGAAUUGCCGCAUAUGCCAAAUCUUAGAUACUUGGAUCUUCGAGAUAAUAAGUUAACUGAUUUCAACCUUAACAAUUGUCCACGUUUGGAGCAUCUCGACCUCAACGGUAAUCAACUCACUGAGAUUACACCACCUGCAGAAGGUUUUAAGUCAUCGACUAAAAAGCAAUUUCCAUUGCGAUUAUUGGAUCUCGCAUUGAACAAGAUAAGUGUGCUUCGCGAAAACCAUUUCGAAUUGCUGGGUGAACUUGAAAUACUGGAUUUAUCUGACAAUAAAUUCACCACCCUGAAGAGUGCUCACUUAUCAGGUCUGACUUCCUUACGCCAUUUGAGUUUGGAAUCAAACUACAACAUGGAGCUAAAAGGACACAUUUUUGAAGCCCUCGAGCAACUGGAGACGCUUGACUUGUCCUAUAUUGGUCUCAAAAAUCUGGAUCCGCAUCUCUUCGGCUACAAGCCGGUGAACAAACAAGGACUUUAUGAGCACUUGCAAAUGGCUCACAUGCGACAGCUUAUACUAGAAGGAAAUAAACUUCAGCAUCUGGACCCUAGAGUCUUUGAGAAAUUGUCAUUUUUUGGAUACACUCUUCCUCGCCCGUAA